CCUUAAUGCUAAGGGAAAAUUUGAGAGCUCUCAGCAAAUUUCUUUUUUUUCUCCCCGUGUAACACUUCCCUUUUUUUCUGUGCGCGAGUUUCAUAUGUGUGUGUAAUGACGUUUGUGGACUGAAUUGGCAGCAGUGUGACUUGGGUCGCAAAGGUGGGCUUGAUCAUGUCAGCGGAACACACACACACAAGAACACUUCAGUGAGUGCAAACACACUGUCAUGAUCAUUUUCUGUUUAUUGUUUUUAUUUCAUUACUCAUUUAAUGUUAUGUUGACUUGGGCUACUGUGAGGCCUACACUGACACAAUUAUGGGACAAGAACCGAAAUGGUUAGCUGAUUGGAAGAAAAAUAACUGGCAGUCAGUUAAUUCUAAGUAAAAUAUGCAACAACAAACAUUUCAGCUUCUUUCUUUCUGUGGAUAUUGAUGAGAAGGUGAGUUCUUUCGAAAGGACAAAUUCAGGCUUUUCAUGUGGGACUUUCCUUCAGGAUCACUUUCUUUUCACCCUACACGUCUCUGAGUCUCACCUGGGUUAUUUCGGCUCCACUGUUUAGCGUCUAGUUCCUCUUAUUAGCCCUCAUUUGAUAACCACAGUGAAUCACACUCUGUGCAGCUGCAGUCUGAACUGUUGCGCUUGAUGAAUUACGUAAGUGUUGAAGUUGUCUAAGCCAUGAAUACCUGAGAAGGAGACCGUAUCUGACUUAAAACCGGUGCUGUGAAGAGCGAAUCACUCAGUUCGCUUCCGCUUUUUAUGCAGGAGGCAUUUUAGUGCCGCCGUCCUCCUUCUGUGAGAAGGCACCUUUCUUGGCCAGCAUCUGAAAACACACACCAAGCCUGUUGUCUGUCAAACCUGUUUGGACUACAAACUAAUAGGACCUUAGGACCAACACAGAAAUACGGAUGACCGUUGUUGCUGACUGGAUAUGACUGAGGCUGAUGGCUGCUCUGUAGAUGGUCAGCAGAUUUGAAGAGAGAGAAGCAGAGCUCAAGAAGGAGUACAAUGCUCUUCAUCAGAGGCACACAGAGAUGAUCCACAACUACAUGGAGCACCUGGAGCGAACCAAACACCAGCACGCGCUGGCCGCAGCAGAGCCGUCAGAUGCAGGCACAGGCACGCCAGUCAGAACACGGAAGGAACGUCCCAUCUCCAUGGGCAUAUUCCAACUUCCUGCUGGGACUGAUGGUAUGACCCCUGACCUCCAGAGGGAACCUGUGGACACCCCCUCUGAGCCAUGGAGAUUCAACAACCUCAGCCAUCCGCGGUCCAACACCAGCCUCAAGGAUGAAUUGUCCGCAGCCCGUGGGGGUUCCAGGUCCAGUUCUCCAGCCACCCAGGGAGGUGUCUCCAAAAGUGGAACUCCUGUGUCUUUACAAGGUGGAGGAUCCAAAUCCAACACCUCCAUGUCCUCUCAGGUUGAUACCUCUAAAUCAAACAGUGCUAACUCUCAGUCCACCACACCACUAUCUCCUAAUGAUGGACUGUCCACUGGAGUGAGCCCUGUGUCCACUGGGUCUGCCUCUGCAACACGCCUAUCUACUGCCUCUUCUGAUGUCACCAUGGGGUCUGUGGACACGCCCUUGCAGGAACAGGAAGUUUCAGACGGGAUCACCAAGAACCUGGACAGGACCGGCGGGAAACCAGAGAGCAGCAAGAACAUUGCUGUUGUACAAGAUGGACAGCAGACUCAGCUUGGACAGGAUGCCUCUACGCCCCUCAAAGAUGAUGAUGGAACAGGCAACCUGGUGAAGUCUGAAGUGCAGGCCAUUAUAGAGUCCACUCCUGAGCUGGACAUGGACCUUGAUGGCUGCAGAGGAACAAGCACGCCAGCUAAAGGUGGCAUAGAGAAUCUGGCAUUUGACCGGAACACCGACUCUCUAUUUGAGGAGCUGUCAUCCGCGGCAAACGACCUGAUAGGAGACGUGGACGAAGGAGCCGACCUGCUGGGUAUGGGUCGGGAGGUGGAACAUCUCAUCCAGGAGAACACCCAGCUGCUGGAGACCAAAAAUGCUUUGAAUGUGGUGAAAAAUGACCUGAUAGCACGCAUAGAUGAGCUGUCCUGUGAGAAGGAGGGCCUGCAAGGAGAGCUGGAUGCUGUCGCUCAGGCCAAGACCAAACUGGAGGAGAAGAACAAAGAACUAGAAGAGGAACUAAAGAAGAUUCGAACAGAGCUUGAGGAAGCUAAACAGAAGAUCAAGAAUGACAACGACGAUGAUAGCGACGUGCCCACAGCACAGAGGAAGCGCUUCACCAGGGUGGAGAUGGCCAGAGUCCUGAUGGAGAGGAACCAGUAUAAGGAGAGGCUGAUGGAGCUGCAGGAGGCAAUCAGAUGGACAGAGAUGAUCCGGGCAUCAAAGGAGAACCCAGCUCUUCCAGAGAAGAAGAAAUCCAGCCUCUGGCAGUUGAGUUUCAGCCGUUUGUUCAGCUCGUCGGGCGGGGCGGCCAAGAAGCCGCCGGUGGAGGCCCCAGUGAACGUCAAGUACAAUGCGCCCACCUCUCAGAUUCAGCCGUCCGUCAAGAAGAGGAGCAGCACCCUGCAGCAGCUGCCCAGUGACAAGAGCAAAGCCUUCGAUUUCCUCAAUGAGGAAGUUCCAGCUGAAGGUAUGGUGUCCCGGCGAGAGCAGAAGAGGGCUCAGUACCAGCAGGUCAAAGCCCACGUCCAGAAGGAGGACGGCAGAGUGCAGGCAUACGGCUGGAGUCUGCCUAAGAAAUACAAAGCCAACGGUGGUCAGGCAGAGAGUAAAAUGAAGAAUCUACCUGUUCCUGUCUUCCUCAGACCUCUGGAUGAGAAAGAUGCUUCUAUGAAGCUGUGGUGUGCUGCUGGCGUGAACCUCUCUGGAGGGAAAACCAGAGACGGAGGUUCCAUCGUAGGAGCCAGCGUGUUUUACAGUGAUGUGCCUGGACCAGAGAGCCCUAAAAAGAAAAUAGGAUCUCAGAGCAGCCUGGAUAAACUGGAUCAAGAAAUCAAGGACCAGCAGAAAGAGUUGCGGCAGCAGGAAGAGUUGUCAUCGCUGGUUUGGAUCUGCACCAGCACGAAAUCCACCACUAAAGCUGUCGUCAUCGACGCCAACCAGCCUGGAAACAUCCUGGAGAGCUUCUUCGUGUGCAACUCCCACGUCCUCUGCAUCGCCAGUGUACCAGGUGCGAGAGAGACGGACUAUCCAGCUGGUGAGGAUGUAGCUCCGAACCCUGAGACCGGACCAGCAGGAGAUGGCGGCUCGCAGUCAGCGAGCAGCGGCUCAGCGGGUGGCGACAGCAUGCUGGGAGGCAUCACUGUUGUCGGCUGUGAAGCCGAGGGGGUGGCAGCUGUUCCUCAGACAGCAGUCAGUCCGGGAAAAGAUGGAGAAACCGAAUCCAGAGCAGCAGAGGAAGCCACAGAGGCGACAGAGGCCAGCGUGGGAGUCACCGACCAAAGAGAAGGCCUGAGGGCAGCCUACACUGAGCACGUCUUCACUGAUCCGCUGGGAGCUCAGCAGACAGCGGAGGCUCUGGCCGACUACUCUCAGAGGGAGAGUGACCUGCUGAAAGAUGGAGUGAGCAGCUCAAAGCCCGGCGCAGAGGAGCAGGACCUGAUGAGAGAAGAAGCUCAGAAAAUGAGCAGUGUUCUGCCCACUAUGUGGCUGGGGGCACAGAACGGAUGUGUGUACGUCCACUCCUCUGUGGCCCAGUGGAAAAAGUGUCUCCAUUCCAUCAAGCUGAAGGACUCUGUGCUGGGCAUAGUGCAUGUGAAAGGGCGUGUGCUGGUGGGCCUCUCUGAUGGCACUUUAGCCAUUUUCCACAGAGCAGUGGAUGGACAGUGGGACCUGACCAACUACCAUCUGUUAGAGCUGGGGAAACCACCCAACUCCAUCCGCUGUAUGACCGUAGUGCAUGACAAGGUGUGGUGUGGCUACAGAAACAAGAUCUACGUGGUGCAGCCCAAAGCCAUGAAGAUUGAGAAGUCAUUUGACGCACACCCUCGUAAGGAUAGCCAGGUACGUCAGCUGGCCUGGCAUGGCGACGGUAUCUGGGUGUCCAUCAGGCUGGACUCCACCCUCAGGCUGUUCCACGCUCAUACCCUCCAGCACCUUCAGGAUGUUGACAUCGAGCCCUACGUCAGCAAGAUGCUAGGCACGGGUAAACUAGGCUUCUCAUUUGUGAGGAUCACGGCUCUCAUGGUGUCAUGUAAUCGUUUGUGGAUCGGCACUGGAAAUGGAGUCGUCAUCUCCAUCCCCCUGACAGAGACGGCCAGCAAGCAAACCAAGGCACCAGGUAACCAACCAGGAAGUGUAGUUCGUGUCUACGGCGACGACAGCGGCGACAAAGUGACGGCUGGGACAUUUGUUCCCUACUGCUCCAUGGCUCUCGCUCAGCUCUCUUUCCAUGGCCACAGAGAUGCUGUUAAGUUCUUCACAGCUGUGCCAGGUCAUGCAGUCCCAUCUGCAUCCUGUGGAGGAGAGACAGCAGGUGACAAGGCGACAGAUGCCGCCGCUCAGGAAGGAACCAAGUCUGUAUUGGUGAUGAGCGGAGGAGAGGGAUACAUCGACUUUAGGAUGGGAGAUGAGGACGGCGAGGCGGAGGAGGGCGAGGACGCUCCCAUGAAACUGCAGCCCUUCCUGGCUAAAGCUGAGCGCAGCCACCUCAUUGUCUGGCAGCUCCUGGCCAACGAGGACUAAGCUCUGACCUCAGGACGCCUGAGGCCUGAUUUGCCUUCUCUCUCCACCCCUGCUGCCACAGAGGAGUUCAGGUGGACGCCCCCCCCUCCUCUACAGGCGCAAGAUUAAUCAGCACUUUUUUCUUCCUCAAAGCUGAACAAUAAGAGUAAAACAAGCAAAAACUGCUCUGAGAGCUUACUCUGUGGUAAACUGGACUAGAGCAGUGCAAACAGAUUCACAUAAACUGCAUGUUAUUGUUUUAUUAUUAGUCGUUUUCUCUUAUUUGUUCUUUUUUCUACAUUUUUUUUUAUUUAACAGAUUUGAAUUUCAAUCUGUUGUAAUGCCUUUUUUUCCUUUAAUAUUAUUUGAGCUAAAGCUGUUGUUGGAUACAGAACCUUUUUGUAAUAUUUGUGCAGCAAAUACAAUGUUGUUCCUCCUGACAUUUUAAGGUUCCCUUCACUCAGUUCAGUCAUUUACGUGCCCAUGCUGGACUCCGCUCAAUGCUAAAUCACUUGGUCCAAACAGAAAAUAAUCGCAUGUGACCGUUGUCCUUCAGUAAUCUAACACUGGGGCAAUCGUGUGGGAUCCUAUAUCAUGUUUUUCAUCCUUUGAGAACUCAGCUUUUGAUUGUAUGCAGAUUGAAUUAAUUGAUUGCAGUUUUCUCUUAAGUCAGGAUUUUUUUUAGGGGAAUGCAAUUCAUCAGAUUCAUUCAUUAGUAUCUGUAUUAGUAGAGGAUGUGCCUGUUAUUUAUCUUAAUAUUCAAAGUAAGUAAUAGAGGUAGCCCCACUUUAUGGCUCUCAUGUGUGUGUUACCAUUACAUCCCAAUCACAGAACUAAGCAUUCAGUUUUUUUGAAAAAUGAAUACCUGACAUUUAUGUUCAGAAUUCUUCAAAAUAUUGAUUUUGUUAUAUAACACAUGGCACUGUUUUGGAUGUACGAGUGACUGUGUCUCUCACUUGGUCCAUCACUUUGGGCCAGCCUUGAAAUAUCUGAGCAACGACAAAAGAAAGUUCAUGUCUGACUGUCAUGAAUUAAUAUCAUUGGUGAGCCUCAUCCUUUGCCUCUAGCGCCUAACAUUCACAAAAAAUAUUAACAUGAUAGCAUUUUCAUUGUGAACAUGUUGGCAUGCUAGCAUUAGCAUUUAGCCCACAGCCCCUGUAUACCUCAGUGCAGCCCCGUCACCAGGUAAUUGUCUUCAGAAAAUCAGAUGCCUGCCUCUGUGACUUGAAUGUAAUGAUAAUUCUUUAGCGACACACGCUGGAGCCUAACUAACUCGCUGACAAAGAUUCUGUUGGCAAAACCUUCAGAAAAACGUCUGCCACUACAAACUAAAUCUUUUCUCUUGAGUUAGUUUUUGUUACAGUGAUGAGAUAUCGACGGAUUGCAUUGUUAUUAUUAAUACAGGAGGUUUCUGUCAGUCCUCUGCUCUACCCUCCAGCUUGUAGACACUUUAAAAAAAUAUGCCUUAGCAUAAAGGGUUAAACUUGCAGGCUUUUCAAGUGUGACAAAGUAUUUAUUUUUCCUUGAAAGAAUGUAAUGUUUGCUACCAAAGGAUAAAGAAUUUAAAAUGGAUAGUUUGCCACAUGCUGAAACAAAACUAGUGUCUCAUCUAAUAUGGCACCUUUGAGCAGAAUAUUUGUCUGACUCCAUGUAGAUAACACAGCAAAUUUUUGUAACAGAAAUCCUGUUGUGUAGAUAAGAUUAUUUUUGGACUUUCAUAUUAGGAAAUUGAAAUAUUUUCAGGGUGUGAGAGAUGAGAGUGUGCCGGACAGGUUACUAUGGGAAGAUAAAACAGGCAGCCACACUGAGGAUUACAUUAACAUUGACAUUUUUGGUUUUUCUGCACUGCUCUGCCCCCUUUGUGCAAGAUGAUGUUUCUUUGUCAAUAAUAUCCCUUCCUAAUGGCAAUCUGAUUUAUUUCACAAAAUGUUUUAUGUCAGUUUUUAUGAACUUUUUAAAAAAAUAUAUCUUUCUUUUUAGACUGUACUCUCUGAGUACAGUGCACAAGAUGUUCAUUUGGGUGUACUACGAGACUGUAUUCUGGCCUCUGUGUACCAGUACACUGCACUGGUGUUUUCUUUGUAUUGAACAGUAUCAGAGGAGGCCUGUCCUCAUUAUGAGAUGGAGAGUGUGUGUGUGUGUGUGUGUGUUUGUUUGUAUGUGUGUGUGUGUAUGUGUGUGUGUGUGUGUGUGUGUAUGCUCUCCAGGAUAGGAGAGAAAUGUUAGCCAUUGCAGUAUUUAUUUACAAUGAUUGAGCCUUUGCAAUUCAGAAUGUAUCUUUGUACAUUGAAUAUGAAUUAUAUAUGCUUAUAUAUGUAUGAAACAGGAAAAUGGCUUGGGUUUAUUGUUUUGAUAACAAUGAAAUGAUAUGAAUUUGUUUUGUAGGGGUUAACCUUACUCAGCUAUGCACUGUGUCUGACUGAGAGGGGUUUGCUUUGGACGUUUUCUUCUCUUCUAGUUAAACCCUGCAGCCUGUCCACAGAUACUGACACAAUCACAUUUCAGCUCUAAUGCAGGAAAAAGUCAAUCUGAAGUCCAAGAGCAGGGAGCUUCAUCCCACCACAGCGAGAUGCAGAGGCUCAUCCUCCUCCACAGCUCUGCAUCACCCCUCUCAUCUGCAUACACUUGUCAUUAACAGGGACUGUCUCUCUUUCCAGUUGGCAGUACACACACACACACACACACACCAUCUACAGCAUCUCUAGCCUUACUUGUUUUUAAUGGUCAAUUAAAGCAAAUUUUGUGG